AUGGACUUUUUCAAAAGACGAGGCCGCAGGACACCGGAGGAUGCGAAAGAGGUCAGUCCGGGCGGACCGCCAAAAUGGAGCAUGGGCGUCCUGAACGACAAACACACCGUCGAAGUACCUGGCUCUGUGCUUCUUUUGGCCAAGGAUCGCAACGAACCUCUCGGUUUGCACCAUGCGCCGGCAAGGACCUCGCAUUCCUCAUUGCCCACGAGCCAGCCCUUCAGUCGUCCGGAAACGCCCCGGCCGGCAAGCUCGGUGUCGAGAGCUCCCCGACCUGUCGACACCGUCAAGAAGACUCAGGACGGCAAGAUUAUUCUAGAGCCCCAGCCUGAGGAUUCCGCCAAUGACCCGCUCAAUUGGCCCACUUGGAGGCGCGAUGCCGCCCUGCUAUCUCUGGGCUUUUACUGCAUGGUCGGGGGCGGUAUGACACCCAUCCUUGCUGCGGGUUUCGCCGACGUUGGACAUGACUAUGGUGUCGAAGUCGAGGAAGUCGCCCUUACUACCGGCUUGUAUAUGAUGGGCCUCGGUGUUGGCUCCGUCAUCGCCUCCCCGACCGCUAUCCUCUUUGGUAAAAGGCCAGUGUAUCUCGUCAGCGCAUUCAUCUUCAUCGCAUCGUGCGUUUGGUGCGCCCUGUCUCCCUCUUUCGAAUCUCUGGUCGUCGCUCGAAUCUUCCAGGGAAUAGCUGUCAGCCCCGUCGAAUGCUUGCCGUCCGCAACCAUUGCCGAGAUUUUCUUCCUACACGAGCGCGCAUUUCGCAUUGGAAUUUACACCCUGCUCCUUCUGGGUGGUAAGAAUCUCGUUCCCCUCGUUUCCGCCCUUGUUAUUCAAAACCUAGGCUGGAGAUGGGUAUUCUGGGUCGUGGCCAUCAUUGCCGCAUUUUGGGUGUUUAUGCUCUUCUUCUUCGUCCCUGAAACCUUUUGGGAUAGAACCCCUGUCCCGAAGUCUCAGGCACCCUCUCGGCGACCUAGCUUCAUCCGUCGCCUCUCUUCGCGCUUCGGUGAGCAUCACCACCAUCCACCACUAGUCGAGCCUACCUUCGACCCCGUCGUCGAGAAGGAAAUCCCGUCUUCGCAAUCCCCGGCCCCCGAGCGUCCAACCAGUCCCCGUGUGGAGUUCGUCGAAAAUUCUAUUCCCACUAGCCAUGACCUCUCCGCGCCCGAAUCGAGUCACAGGCACCGCCCUCAAGUUAACUUUGCCGUCGGUGAGAGCAACUCUGACAGCAACCGCACAUCGGGAGAGCACGAGAAGCCCAAGCAACCGCUAGACUCUGAGAUCGAGAAAACCCCACAGAGUGAGACUGCCUCGGCCCUCCCUCCUUCUCACGAUCUAUCCAUAGAACGUGAUUCGAGGCUGAAAGCGCCCACGCCAGGGGACCUGCGUAGCAAGUCACCGGCUAUCUCGGCGCUGUCUGGUAGUGAGGUGCGGGAAUCCACCAGAGCCUCUACCUCGGCAACACCUGACCUGGAGAAGCUGCCCACGCCGAACAGAGGCCGGACCGCUGUGCCGUACACUUCCACCCUCCGCGACCAGCCCGCACGUACGUUUGUCCAGCAGCUAAAGCCGUACUAUGGACGGCUCAGCGACGAUUCGUGGCUCAAGGUCAUGAUUAGGCCUUUUAUCCUGUUGUCGUAUCCCGCGAUUUUGUGGUCUUCGGCUGUGUACUCGUGCUCCAUCGGUUGGCUUAUCGUGAUUUCCGAGUCCAUGGCAAUGAUUUACCAAGAUCGCAAUUCCUAUAAUUUCGACGCUCUUCAGACCGGUUUGGUCUACCUCUCCCCCUUCGUCGGCGGUCUCCUCGGAACAGCAGUAGCCGGCAAGGUGUCGGAUAUCAUCGUCAAGGCCAUGGCUCGUCGCAACGGCGGCCUCUACGAGCCCGAAUUCCGACUCGUGAUGGCCAUCCCCAUCCUGAUCACCACGGUUAUCGGUCUCAUGGGCUUCGGCUGGUCGGCGCAAGAGAGGGAUCACUGGAUCGUGCCGACCAUCUUUUUCGGAAUCAUCUCCUUCGGGUGCUCUCUCGGGUCCACAACCUCGAUCACUUUCUGUGUCGACAGCUACCGGCAGUACGCUGGCGAGGCUCUCGUUACCCUCAACUUUUGCAAGAACGUUCUUCACGGUUUGGUGUUCAGUCUGUUCUUUACUCACUGGCUUUCCAGUGACGGUUCUAGGAUGGUGUACAUCUGGACUGGUAUCAUCCAGUUGAUUAUUAUGCUGACGACGAUCCCGCUAUUUAUUUAUGGAAAGAGGCUUCGCAUGUGGACUGUUAGGAAGAAUAUCGUAGAGAAGGUUCUGAAGUCAUGA